GGGAGCUAUAUAAAAGCAGAAUAUUAUUAUUAUAUUAAUAUGCUUAUCCAUGGGAAAAGGCACUUGGGAGAUGAAUAAAAUUAAUUAUAUUUGUGUACAUAAUAAACAGGAAAGUUGUUAUUUUGUCAUAUCCUUCUCUCUCCUCUCCACUUUCCUAAAACUGUUUGCAUGUACAAUGUAUUAUGGAAUUGCUAUGUAAUAUCUGAUUGUUAUACUCAUCGUAUGUUUUUCACUUGGUCAAAUAAAUAAUAAUAUAUAAUUAAAACAUGCUUUCUGUCUUAUUUUACUUGCAGCAUAUACAUGAGGCCCAUCUUGCUUGAUGGUCUGGUUGCCAUGGAGACUGAGCAACAUGCCGGUGUAGCAUCAUCGAUGAGUAACAUGGAGCAGCUGAACUUGGUCAUUCCUGAAGACCUGCCAUCCCCCUUGUAUUCACUGGAGGACAUCCCAGAUGUAGACCUCACCUUCCCAGAUGAAAGCUGUAUUGAUAGUUUCACUGAUCCGUCCAACUCCCUUGGUGAGAGUAUGAGAGUAGGAGGAGGAGGCUGUACUGCUGAUGGUGUAUGUCUACCCUGUAAGGUCUGUGGUGAUAAAUCAUCAGGAUUUCACUAUGGUGUCAUGGCAUGCGAGGGAUGCAAGGGUUUCUUUCGGAGAAGUAUUCAGAAGAAGAUGGAGUACAAAUGUCACUUUUCAGGCAACUGUCCCAUUGAGAGGGUUAAUCGCAAUCGAUGUCAGCAUUGCCGAUUCAGAAAGUGUCUUGCAGUAGGAAUGUCCAAAGAAUCGGUGAGGAUUGGAAGGUACUCCAAGCGAGUCAAGCAGAGUAAUCUGGAUGAGAUCCGCAAAUUGGCAACACGGCCUGAAACGGCAGAGGAACGAGAGGCCCGUGAGAGACAUGAGAUGGAGAUCUACACAAUGAGUCAGACUAUCUUACAAGCCAAGGAAGCUACUUGUCUCUACGAUAAUAAGAUGAUACAGACUUUACUUGAUAGACGGUCAGAACUCUUGGAGAGAUUAGAGAGCAGUGGUACCCCAGUGGUUCCAGAGUCCUUCAUAUCUGACCUGACUGAAGAUCAGAAGAAGAAUAGCAAGCUGUUUGCUUGGAAGGUAUUCCUUGAGGCUAUAUCACCCUGCAUCCGUAGAAUAGUGGAGUUUGCAAAGUGCCUUCCGGGCUUCAUGAAGAUACCUCAGUGUGAUCAGAUGCAACUUCUGAAGCAGUCUUACUUUGAGGUUUGGAUGAUUCAGAUCAGUCCUCUAAUCUCAACGACCGAUCGUAGCCUCAUCCUCAGUAACAACACACUCAUCGAUGCUCAUCUCAUGGAUGACAUGGAACAGGAGAAUCUCUGGAGGCAUAUUCUGGAGUUCACCUCUGCUCUCAAUAAGCUCAAUCUUAACGAGAUGGAGAUGUCCCUAUUCAUUGCAUCCACUAUCAUUAAUCCAGAUCGUGCUGGUCUCCGUAUGAAGACCGAGCUUGAUCCCCAGUCAGAGCUCAUCAUGGAAUGUCUACGACGGGAGCUGAGCCGUAAGGACCCUCGAGACACCAGACGUUUCUUCCACCUAGUUACGAAGAUGCAGCUGCUGCGUUCAACCUCCAUGCUCCAGGCUGAGUCAUUGCUUGGGUUCCGUCUAGAACAUGACUCCAUCCCAGUCCCUCCUCUCCUGGUUGAACUCAAUGACUCUAUAGGGGAUCCACCUAAACCAGACGUACAUGAUCUAUGUAGUGGGAUCUUCAAUGAUUCAAAUGGAAAUGUAAAUAAAAGAUGUCAAGACAUUUGGGAAAAGCUUCCUCUUCCAAAGCUCAUCAAAGGGGGCGGGCUUUUCCAUCCUCCGAAGUCCGUGUGUGGGGUUCGUACCAACAUCAUGCCCUCCACACCUAAAGAGGAACAAGGUGAAAGGUCAAGCUGUGCGGCAUCCAAUGGUUUCAAUCAAGAUUACUGAACCUCACUCUCUGGGGAUCCAUGUGACAUUCAUUGCACACAACAAACGGGUAUUUCCCUUGUAUUUUCAGAAGUUAAGGGCAAAAGGAGGAUUAUGUCAUCUUGUUUUGUAUACUUCAUGAAAAUCACUUCUUAUUUUUGUAACGCACAUUAUACAUUAGAAUUGGUCAGAAUAUUGCAUGAAUUAUAUAGUGGUCUUGUUUAGAAAUACUAGUCAUGUUACAUCCAGCAAAUGCUGUGUGUUGGUAAUCAGCUUAUUUUCUCACACCUCAAUGAUUACAAUUGUUGAGAUGCUAUCAAGGAGGUAUGCAGAUUGACCUGUAAUGCCAGUAGGUAUUGAGAAAAACCCAUUUAAUGAAUUGGUGUAGAUACAGUCAUAAAAGUACUUCAUGAUUUGAGAAGAAUUCUACUUUAGUUAAAGUCUACAGCAAGGCUAAAGCAAGGAAGUCAUCUAUAGAACCUGUAGAAGGCAUGUACAAAAUACCAAUGAUAAAACUUAUAUGGGCUUUAGAAUCUGGUUGUACUUCGAUGAAUAUAGUCUCCAAUGAUUGACUCUUGUAGGUUUUGUAAUGAUAUUGCUUGUACAUGUUUCAAAAUACAUUCCAAUACCCCCUCCUUGUUUAUUAACACAACUAUUAAUAGCAAUUUUGUAAUUCUCCAAAUGAUAAAGGAAUAAAUAUUUACUUGAUUUAAAUCAGGGCCCGUCUUAUAAAGAGUUGUGAUUGAUCCAAAUCAAUUGCAAGUCCUCUAAUCAAUCGCAAGUUUGCAUUCUCCUAGCUCUUAUCUGACAUAGCUGCGAUCGAUAUCAAUCACAAAUAAAUUGCAAUUAAUCGCAACUGUUUAUAAGACGGGGCCCAAGUCUCAGUUAGACCAAUAAUUGACAAAUUGAAGUCAGUGGUGUUGAUGAAUACUGAUAGAAAUGAUUAUUGACAUGAUGUACAUGACAAAGCCUUUCAACCAUUGUGUGAAAGAUGUGACAGAGGGUAGAUUCAAACCAAGAUAGACAGGACAGAGAUGCCAUAACUGUUCAUCUCAACAAGAUUUUACUCAUUUCUUGAGCAAAUUGUUGUGAAGGUUAUUACCUUAACAACCAUGAAUAGUCCCCAGGUUGUGGAGAGUGUGUAAAAUGGCGCUUGAUUCCAAUGAAUGGGAUGAUGAUACACUCUAAUGCACUUUGAUCAGUCACUUUUAUAUUGAAAAGUGUAGUAUACAGAUUUGUUGAAUAGAUUAGACAUGGCUUUUAGCACUAUGCUUGGGAAGAAUCCUAUUUGGUAGUGAAUUUGAUUCAGAAAUUAAAGCUACAAAACUAGCCAAUAUUUGUGUAGACCUUUAUUAUUAUAACCUGCCUAUAUUGAUUAUGUACAUUUACCUGAAAUAUUUGUUGUUUGCCAUCACUUUUUCUUCACCUUUGUUCAAUUAUUUAGUGGGAAAAACUGUUUCACAGCAGUCUAAAUAUAGGCAAUUGUGAAUGUAUUUUUGAAUAUGGAAUGCAAAUUUACACUUUCUCUUGUUAUUUCUGUUUAUCUUGUGUGCAAGUUUAAUGUUAAAAUGCCUGGGUAAAGGUAUUAUUUUACUGUAAUUGACUUCUAGAACUAGAUGAUCUUUUUUCCUUUCUUUCGAGAAGGUAAAACCUUAAGGAUUGGCUUUGAUAUAGAGCUAGGUACCUGUAGCUCUUGUGUUUUCUUUUGAAUUACAAUAUAUCUUGUUUUAGAAUAGUUGUCUUCAGAAUGAUUGGGAUUUCUGGUAAACAUAAUGGAAGUAAUCAUCUAUUUUUAGGAGGUAGAUAGUUGGUGCAUACAGGUACUUACAUGUAUGAACAUUCAUUUUGCAGGAAGGGCAUUCAAAAUCAUUCUACUGCAUUAGCAUUUCAUGAAAUGCAUCAAUAUCUGAACAGAAAACACAGUCAAGAUUAUUAGCGAAUUUGAAUUCAUGCCUAUGCCAGUACUCUGAGAAUGAAAAUGUUUAAAUGAAAAAAAGCAUGAUAAUCUUGAUUAGCAAUGGGCAUUUGGAUUGCAUUUUUAUAUAAUUUAUAUGUAUAUUCAUACAGGUUCAUUCGAUACGUUCAUCUUAUCUAGUUAAGAAUGUAAGAAUGAAUUAAAAAUAUAAUAGUUGCACAUUGAAAGACCCUAUCAGGGAUUUACAAGCCCUCAAAAGCUGACAUAUAGAUGCACUGCAUGUAUAUGUAAAAUCAUAUUUGAAAUAUAUAUAAAUGAAUCGUUUAUCUUUAAUGAACUGAAAUUAAAAGUGACAACUCAUGGUACACUGUAGUCCAGUAUACAAUUAAGAAAAAUUACAUGAGAUCUGAAAUAUAUACAUGUACCUUUAUCUCUUAAAAAUUUAAUCUAAUGAGCUGAAACCAAUACUAUAUAUAGUAUAGUAUAUAUAAUAAUUCUAUUCUAUUUCAUGAUUAUAAAUUGGUCUUCAAUGAACCAUACAUUCGUUUAUUUUUAUGGGUACAUAUAUAGUAUAUUUAUGCUCCUUGAAUAAUUGGGUCUGCAAGCAAUAUUGUUACCUUGACUUGUGUAGCAAUGAGCAAUCGGGCGGGCUUGCCUGAAUGGCUGAGAGCUCAUAGCUUCUUAUUCUACAAUACCAGUAAUAGCUCAAUGCUUCUGUGCACAUCAUGCAUUCAUACAUACAUAUACAUGUAUACG